AUGGUGUACGACAUCGACGCUAUAAUUCCCACACAGAAUGCAGCUCUGGCGCGGAGUACAACGGCCGCCGUGGCCAUGGGAAUGGAGGCCAUGAAUGCCGCCACAACUAGCGUCCCGGCGCGCCGCAAGGCCUACGCCGCGGACCCCGCGGCCGGCGUCCAGGCCUCAGACCUGGCGGGCUUGUCACGCGAGGAGCGGCGCCGCCGGCGUAGGGCGACGCAGAAGUACAGAACGGCGCACGCGACGCGUGAGAGGAUUCGCGUGGAGGCCUUCAAUGUAGCUUUCUCGGAGCUGCGGAAACUUCUGCCCACACUACCGCCUGACAAGAAGCUGUCCAAGAUCGAGAUCCUGAAGCUGGCCAUCUGCUACAUCGCCUAUCUCAACCAUGUGCUGGAAACAUAGUGAGAGAACGUCUUCCGGGGAAUUCAGUGUCCUUUUUGGCUCAACGAAACGCCGAGUUUUCAGAUCAUGAGCCAAUAGAAAGGUUUUGCAUUUAAGAGUUUUAUAAACACACUUAGAACGCUUAGGAUAGAGAAGAAAGGCUGAAUUCUCGAGCCUCAUUCGCAAAGUCAAGCUUUGGACAUUUUGAUUAGAGAAAAAUGGGGCAGAAUUAGCCAAAAUGUUUCUUUGCCGGACUAUAAAACGUUCUAACUAGAUAUACACAGAAAUACAUCAUAAUAAAUAGUAAUGUUGACAGAAAUUAUAAUUUUCGCAUUUCAGAUUUCCCCCAAUAUAUCGUAAACUCUACGCUAUGAA